UCUAGUUUUUCAGGAAAAGAACCUCUCUACGCAAUCCUGAAACUGAUCUUUAGAUUUACUUUUCCUUAAUCAAUAGAAAAAAACUUGAUGGCAACUCAACCCUUAUCUGACUCUAGCGCAGGACUAACUGAAUUUUUCGUUUUAAGAGUAGGGGAUUCAGACAUCAUUUCGGGAAUCAGAAAUAGUUGGCAGCAAGUGGGGGCGAACUGACAUGAAUCCUUGUCUCACUUAAGUUUUUCCGGGUUUACCAAGAUUUGGCUUAAUAUUUGUGACUCAAUUCCUCCAGUCUCUACAGAACAGGUUAGUGACAUUCUUCAUAAAUACAAAUAUUUAAAUGAAUCCUCCUUCCUGUUCUCUGAACUGUUUCCCUAAGGGUUCCAGUCUUAGCCUCGCAGGGCAUCUGCCUCUGCUAAAGCUGUGUGUGAUCUCUGCUAGCGUCUCAGUACCGUGUUCGGCAGAACUGGCUGCUCUCUAUUAUAUGCUUGAGGUUUCACUGUGUAUGCCUGACAGCUGAAGAUGAACGGUAACAUUCUCACAAGGUAAAUCCGCUGGUUUUUCCAUGAAAGCUGGGCUGAAGAAUUGUGGUCGCUUCAAAUAAUAAGAGGAGGGGUUUUCUUUUUAAGAACGCUGUCAGGAGCAGACCUCAUGGCCUCCGCGCACUGUCAGGCAGGCGUCUGUGGAACUCGGAGCUUGCCUAUGUGUCUGCACCUCGGUUUUGCGGAGCGGCACAGGCUGUCCGUGCUCCUGGCGGAGGGUAAUGCCACCAGUUCAACCGAUCGUAACUAAAUGAAAAGAGGCUCCCUUUUGUGAUGUUCCUUCUUUAAUUAAUUUGCUGGAACUAAUUACUUGCCUGGUACCGGAUUCUAUGUUUAUUGUGAUUCCGAGGAGCAAUCCUGGCACGGUUCCCUUUGGUUACCAACCUGUCAUUCAUUUCACUACGGGAGGUCAGUGGACAGAGUCUUAUAACCCACGAAUCUGGUCAGUACUUCAGAAUGAUGGAUUGGCUCCAUAUGGUAGAGAAGGUGAUGGCCAACUCUAAAUCCUCCCACCUGUAGAAACACUUUACAUUUUAAUCAACUUUUAUUUGAUCCUGAUGGACAGCUGCCGUGAGAACCAGAUCUUACAAAGAAUGGAGGUCCGAUGUAGAGACACAGCCGUGGGACCUGCAUCUUGAGGGUCGGAUCCCAUUUUUUUUCAGGGCUCUAGUUACUGCAGAGUAGAUGCCCAGCCUUUACCAAUUUUAUAUAAUUUUGUAUAAUUUCCUGACAAUUUGAAUGAUCUCAUUACACUUCCAAACUGCCUUCUCACAGGGGAGUCUAAUUUUUUCAUGAAGGGUGAAUUUAGGAGGACCUGCCAGCAUUCAGGGAAUUCCAGCCUGACUCAGAGCUGUUGUUGUCAUGUGAAUUUGGUCUAUGAUGGUUGUGAUGUGUUUUGGGAUUUGCCACCAGACACACCUGGUGUUCUAUUUACUCUGGCAAGCUGGCGAUUUUUUUUUUCUUUUUCUUUUUAAAAUUCCAGGAUGAAUUAUUCAUCACUACUUAGAAUUUGGGUCUCUUUCAUCUUCGCACUUGUACGGCACCAAGUUCAGCCCGGCGAGCUCAUGUAUCCGUUUUGGCAGAAUGACACCAAGACCCCUAAAGUAGAUGAUGGAAGCUCGUCUGAGAUUAAGUUGGCCAUCCCCAUUUUCUUCUUCGGGGUUCCUUACCGCACUGUCUAUGUCAAUAACAACGGAGUUGUUUCCUUCAAUGUACUAGUGAGCCAGUUCACACCCGAAUCCUUUCCCCUGACGGAUGGGAGGGCCUUCAUUGCCCCGUUUUGGGCAGAUGUGCACAACGGAAUUCGAGGCGAGAUCUAUUACAGAGAGACCACAGACCCUGUCAUCUUGAAAAGAGCCACCAAGGACAUCAGGAAGUACUUCAAGGACAUGGCGACCUUCUCUGCCACUUGGGUUUUCAUUGUGACGUGGGAGGAAGUCACCUUUUAUGGAGGGAGCAGCACCACACCUGUGAACACCUUCCAGGCUGUCCUGGUGUCUGAUGGCUCCUAUACAUUCACGCUCUUCAAUUACUAUGAAAUCAACUGGACCACUGGGACAGCGAGCGGUGGCGACCCCCUGACUGGUCUCGGGGGAGUGAUGGCACAGGCAGGAUUUAACGGUGGAAACAUCACCAAUUUCUUCAGCCUCCCUGGGUCAAGAACUCCUGAUAUUGUGAAUAUCCAAGAGACCACGAAUGUCAAUGUGCCAGGCCGCUGGGCAUUCAAAGUGGACGGGAAGGAAAUUGACCCAGCCAAUGGCUGCACCUCUAGAGGCCAGUUCCUUCGACGAGGGGAGGUGUUUUGGGAUGACCUGAACUGCACCAGCAAGUGCCGCUGUCUGGACUUCAACAAUGAGAUCUACUGCCAGGAGGCCUCGUGCAGCCCCUACGAGGUGUGCGAAGCCACAGGCAAAUUCUCCUACUGCAGCCCCGUGGAGACCAGCACGUGCGUGGUGUUUGGGGAGCCGCACUACCACACCUUUGAUGGCUUCCUCUUCCACUUCCAAGGCUCCUGCGCCUACCUGUUGGCCCGGCUGUGUCUGCAGACUUCCAGCCUCCCCUUCUUCAGUGUGGAGGCCAAGAAUGAGCACCGGGGGGGCUCCGCCGUCUCCUGGGUGAAGGAACUCUCUGUGGAGGUGAAUGGCUACAAGAUCCUCCUCCCCAAAGGAAGCUACGGAAAAGUCAAGGUCAAUGACCUAGUGACUUCUUUGCCCGUCACCUUAGACUUGGGGGCAGUGAAAAUCUACCAGAGUGGCAUGUCUACUGCUGUGGAAACGGACUUUGGGCUCUUAGUGACGUUUGACGGCCAGCACUACGCCUCCAUUUCCAUCCCAGGCUCCUAUAUAAACUCCACGUGUGGGCUCUGUGGCAACUACAACAAGAACCCACUGGAUGACUUCCUCCGGCCGGAUGGCAGGCCAGCCAUGUCUGUCCUGGAUCUGGGAGAGAGCUGGCGGGUCUACCAUGCCGACUGGAGGUGCGGCCCGGGCUGUGUGGACAACUGCACGCAGUGUGACGCCGCCACUGAGGCCCUCUACUUCGGCUCCGACUACUGCGGCUUCCUCAACAAGACGGACGGCCCCCUGUGGGAGUGCGGCACUGUGGUGGACCCCACAGCCUUCGUGCACAGCUGCGUGUAUGACCUGUGCAGCGUGAGGGACAACGGCACACUCCUCUGUCAAGCCAUCCAGGCCUACGCCCUCGUGUGCCAAGCCCUUGGCAUUCCCAUUGGAGACUGGCGAGUCCAGACUGGCUGUGUGGCCACAGUGCAGUGCCCAAGCUUCAGCCACUAUUCCGUGUGCACCAGCAGCUGCCCCAACACGUGCUCAGACCUGACGGCCUCCCGGAACUGCGCGGCACCCUGCACGGAGGGCUGCGAGUGUGACGACGGCUUCGUGCUCAGCACCAGCCAGUGCGUCCCGCUGCACAAGUGUGGCUGUGACUUCGACGGCCACUACUACACCAUGGGGGAGUUCUUCUGGGCCACGGCCAACUGCACGGUGCAGUGCCUGUGUGAGGAGGGCGGCGACGUCUACUGCUUCAACAAGACCUGCCGCAGCGGGGAGGCGUGCGCCGUGGAGGACGGCUACCAGGGCUGCUUCCCCAAGCGCCAGACCGUGUGCCUGCUCAGCCAGAACCAGGUGCUGCACACCUUCGACGGGGCGGCCUACGCCUUCCCCUCCGACUUCUCCUACACGCUUCUCAAGACCUGCCCUGAGAGGCCCGAGUAUCUGGAAAUUGACAUCAGCAAGAAGAAGCCUGAGGCAGGGCCCGCGUGGCUGCGAGGUCUUCGGAUCCUGGUGGCCAACCAGGAGGUCAAGAUAGGAGGAGUCGGGGCUUCGGAAGUCAAGCUGAACGGUCAGGAAGUGGAAUUACCUUUUUUCCACCCUUUGGGGAAGCUGGAAAUUUAUCGAAACAAAAACAGCACGACAGUGGAGUCCAAGGGCAUCGUGUCGGUCCAGUACUCUGACGUAGGUCUGCUGUAUAUCCGGCUCUCCACCGCUUACUUCAAUUGCACGGGAGGUUUAUGCGGCUUCUUCAAUGCAAACGCCAGUGAUGAGUUCUGUCUUCCCACCGGCAAGUGCACGGACAAUCUGGCAGUGUUCCUGGAGAGCUGGACAACCUUUGAGGAGAUCUGCAACGGCGAGUGUGGGGACCUGCUGAAGGCCUGCAACAACGACUCGGAGCUGCUCAAAUUCUACCGGAGCCGCGCCCGCUGCGGCAUCAUCAACGAUCCCUCCAACAGCUCCUUCUUGGAGUGCCACGGGGUGGUCAAUGUCACCGCCUACUACCGCACUUGUCUCUUCCGCCUGUGCCAGAGCGGAGGCAACCAGUCGGAGCUCUGUGACUCUGUGGCCCGGUACGCAAGCGCCUGCAAGAACGCGGAUGUGCAGGUGGGCCCCUGGCGGACCUAUGACCUCUGCCCUCUGGAGUGCCCGGAGAACAGCCAUUUCGAGGAGUGCAUGAUGUGUACGGUGACCUGUGAGACCCUGGCCCUGGGCCCUGUCUGCGUGGACAGCUGCUCUGAGGGUUGCCAGUGUGAUGAGGGCUACGCCCUGCAAGGCAGCCAGUGCGUCACCCGGAGCGAGUGUGGCUGCAACUUUGAGGGGCAUCAGCUUGCUGCCAAUGAGACCUUCUGGGUGGACCUGGACUGCCAGAUCUUCUGCUACUGCAACGGUACAGACAACAGCAUCCACUGUGAGACUGUCCCCUGCAGGGACGAUGAGUACUGCAUGGAGGAGGGUGGCCUGUACUACUGCCAGGCCCGCACUGACGCUUCCUGCAUUGUCUCGGGCUAUGGCCAUUACCUGACCUUUGAUGGCUACCCCUUUGACUUCCAGACCAGCUGCCCUCUCAUCCUGUGCACCACAGGGAACAGGCCAAGCUCAGACACCUUCCCCAAGUUCAUCGUCACAGCCACGAAUGAGGACCGGGACCCGUCACUGGCUUUGUGGGUCAAGCAGGUGGACGUGACUGUGUUUGGCUACAGCCUCGUAAUUCACAGGGCCUACAAGCACACUGUGCUGGUCAACAACGAACGGUUGUAUCUGCCCCUGAAGUUGGGACAAGGGAAGAUAAAUAUCUUCUCCUUUGGCUUCCACGUGGUGGUAGAAACUGAUUUUGGCCUGAAGGUUGUGUAUGACUGGAAGACCUACCUGUCCAUCACGGUCCCUCGGAGCAUGCGAAACAGCACGUACGGCCUGUGCGGCCGCUAUAAUGGCAACCCAGACGACGACCUGGAGAUGCCCAUGGGUGUGCCUGCAUCCAGCGUCAACGAGUUUGGGCAGAGCUGGGUGAAGAGAGACACCUUCUGCCAGGUUGGCUGUGGGGACCGCUGCCCAUCCUGUGCCAAGGUGGAAGGUCUGUCCAAGGUGCAGCAGCUGUGUGGCCUGAUCCCCAACCUGAAUGCCGGCUUCACCAAGUGUCACAGCAAAGUCAACCCCACCUUCUUCUACAAGAACUGCCUGUUUGACUCUUGCAUCGAUGGGGGCGCGGUGCAGACCGCCUGCAGCUGGCUGCAGAACUACGCCAGCACCUGCCAGACCCAGGGGAUCACGGUGACCGGCUGGAGGAAUGACACGUCCUGCUCUGUCACCUGCCCUCCCAACAGCCAUUACGAGAGCUGCGUGAGCGUGUGCCAGCCCCGCUGCGCGGCCAUCCGCCUGAAGAGCGACUGCAACCACUACUGCGUGGAGGGCUGUCAGUGCGACGCCGGCUACGUCCUCGACGGCAAGAGCUGCAUCCUGCCCCACAGCUGCGGCUGCUACUCGGACGGCAAAUACUACGAGCCCAAGCAGCUGUUCUGGAACAGUGACUGCACGCGGCGCUGCCGCUGUUUCCGGCGCAACCUGAUCCAGUGCGACCCUCGCCAGUGCAAGUCGGACGAGGAGUGCGCGCUGCACAGCGGGGUGCGCGGCUGCUUCAGCACCAGGACCUCCUACUGCCUGGCGGCCGGGAGCGGCGUCUUCCGCACCUUCGACGGCGCCUUCCUCCGCUUCCCGGCCAACUGCGCCUUCGUGCUCUCCACCAUCUGCCAGAAACUGCCCACCAUCUCCUUCCAGCUCAUCAUCAACUUUGACAGGUGGUCCUCCCCCAACCUCACCGUCAUCUCGCCCGUCUACUUCUACAUCAACGAAGAGCAGAUUCUCAUCAGCGACCGCAACACUGUCAAGGUGAACGGUACCCAGGUGAAUGUUCCAUUUAUAACCGGGUUGGCAACCAAAAUCUACAGCCGUGAGGGGUUCCUGGUGAUUGACACCAGCCCUGACAUCCAGAUACACUACAACGGUUUCAAUGUCAUCAAAAUCAGCAUCAGUGAGAGGCUGCAGAACAAAGUGUGUGGCCUCUGCGGCAACUUCAAUGGGGACCUAACCGAUGAUUAUGUGACUUUACGGGGGAAGCCAGUGGUGAGCAGCAUGGUGCUGGCCCAGAGCUGGAAAACCAACGGCAUGCAGAAGAGCUGCAACGAGCUGCAGUUCUCCCAGUACGCAGCCACGUGCGAUAACGUGCACGUCCAGACGAUGCAGGGCGACGGCUACUGCAUGAAGCUCACAGACAUGAAGGGCUUCUUCCAGCCCUGCCACGGGCUUCUCGACCCCCUGCCCUUCUACGAGUCCUGCUACCUGGACGGCUGCUACAACCACAGGAAGUUCCAGCUGUGCGGCUCCCUGGCCGCCUACGGGGAGUCCUGCCGCUCCUUUGGGGUCCUCAGCACCGAGUGGAUCGAGAAGGAGAAUUGCUCAGGAGUGGUUGAAGACCCCUGUGUGGGGGUGGACUGUCCCAACAGAACCUGCGAGCUGGAGAACGGAGGAGAGCUCUGCGGCUGCAUCGAGCCGCCCCCCUACGGAAACAACUCCCAUGACAUUAUUGACGCAGAGGUGACCUGUAAGGCGGCCCAGAUGGAAGUGUCCGUCUCUAAGUGCAAACUCUUCCAGCUCGGCUUUGAGAGGGAGGGCGUGAGGAUCAAUGACAGACAGUGCUCCGGCGUCGAGGGGGAAGAUUUUAUCUCCUUUCAGAUCAACAACACCAAAGGGAACUGUGGCAACAUUGUGCAGUCCAAUGGCACUCAUAUCGUGUAUAAAAACACAAUCUGGAUUGAAAGUGCCAACAACACCGGCAAUAUCAUCACCAGGGACCGGACGAUCAGUGUGGAAUUUUCCUGUGCUUAUGAGCUGGAUCUCAAGAUCUCCUUAGACUCUGUGGUGAAGCCUAUGCUAAGUGUCAUUAAUCUGACAGUUCCAACCCAAGAAGGCAGCUUCAUCACCAAGAUGGCACUGUACAAAAACGCCUCCUACAAACACCCGUACCGCCAGGGUGAAGUGGUGUUGACGACGCGCGAUGUGCUGUACGUAGGGGUCUUUGUGGUGGGAGCCGAUGCCACGCACUUGAUCCUCACGCUGAACAAAUGCUAUGCCACCCCCUCCCGCGACAGCAACGAUAAACUCCGAUACUUCAUCAUUGAAGGCGGGUGUCAGAACAUCAAAGAUAACACCAUUGGCAUUGAGGAGAACGGUGUCUCCCUCACCUGCCGCUUUCAUGUCACCGUCUUUAAGUUCAUUGGGGAUUAUGAUGAAGUGCACCUUCACUGCGCGGUGUCCCUCUGCGAUUCAGAAAAGUACUCCUGCAAAAUAAAUUGCCCACAAAAUUCCAGGAUUGCCACAGAUUAUACCAAAGAACCUAAAGAACAGAUCAUUUCAGUGGGACCUAUUAGGAGAAAAAGGCUGGACUGGUGUGAGGACAACGGGGGGUGUGAGCAAAUCUGCACAAGCCGGGUGGAUGGGCCUCUGUGUAGCUGUGUGACAGGAACCCUGCAGGAGGACGGCAGGAGCUGCAGAGCCUCUGAUUCCUCCAUUGAACUUCAAGUUUGGAUGCUGCUUCUCAUCAUGACCCAGAUUUCAUUGUGGCAUUUUGUCUAUCAAUCAGGCACAACCUCAUAAUCAACUCCAGGUUGCUAUAUAAAGUACUGUCAUUUAGUUCAGUUCCCUGUAGGAUAAAAAGGUGUGUGCCCUUAAGUCAAAACCUCUUUGACAGUGUCCAGCUUCACAACGUGAUACCGCCUGCCUUAAACGGUCAGAGUUCCAGAAAUGAGUGGAAUUCCAAGCUCCUCUUUCAGAGUAUGCAAUGGGGCUCCUAAAAGCCUGUCGUGGAAAGCAUAUAUCUUGCCUAAAAUUUCCAAAACAGUUUCCACCAGAAACUAUGAUUCACCUAAAAAAACAGUAAUGGAAAAAUUUCUGGUUAGAGAUGUCUGAUCGGAAAGCUGACCAGAGAAAUCUGUCAACCCAGUGUUGUUUCUGGAUCAGUUUUUACAGAGAGAGGGCCCGUUGGAACCUUCCAGCAGUGACCGGAAGGCUCGGCUCCCUCUAUGGAGUCUUUCCGAUGUUUGGAAGUGCCUGACCCACGAUAUGCAUGUGUUGCUCCCUUCUGUUCAUGAUGAGUUCUUUCUGUACCUUCGUGUCCUCCAUCCUUGCCACGGCAGCCUGACCACUGCGUAUAUUGUUUGCAGACCUGGGGAACACGCCCCUGUCACCAAUCUUACCCCCUCAGACCCAAACCUGUUCUUUCACAAACCAACCAAAUAAUUUUUAAUGUGUUUUUUGCUUAAAUAAACUUUGUGUUCAAGUAUUCUCAUUACUGGUGGCUGGAAUCAUUCUUACUAAGCUCUGCAUACUGAUAGCAUGCUCUGAGUUAAAAAGCAGCAGCAGCCACACGAGGCAGGCCCACUGGCAGAGCUGUAGCACAUUUUGUUACGUUGACUGCUCGCGUGUGCUUACAGAGCAUUAGCGGGGCAUUCAGGUGCCUGCAGAAGAGAAGCAGGCAGCCUCCUCGUUUGCACGUAGUACAUCAACACACAUUUAGUGUAAUUAACUACAAAUGGAGGGCCUGCUAAAUAUAUCCCCAUAGUGCCUCUCCUUCUAAGGGCAAAAUCAAAGUAAAAGCCACUUCAAGUUUAUUUUGAAGUUGUUUUUGGAUUUAAGCUAAUGGCAUUUUUGUACUUUUUGGGGAACUCUGUGAAAAACCGAGCAGAAAUCCUUAGCGUCAUCGGAUGGGGUGUGGGCACGGUUCCUGUUGCUUACCUGUGA